GGCCCGCAGCUGCGCCGGCAGACCCGACUUCCAGCCCUGCGACGGGCUCUCCCUCUGCGCCACCCACAGCCACGGCCGCUGCUUCCGUCUCCACUGGUGCUGCCACCUGGGAUGGUGCCACUGUGAGUAAAUACGUCUAUCAGCCCAUGACCCCCGUGGAGCAGCUCCCCAGCACCGAAAUACCCGUUCGCCCCCGGGAGGCUCCGAACACCAUCCAGAUCUCCGUCUCGCUCACCGAACACUUCCUGAAGUUCGCCCCCGUCUUCCAGCCCCCCCUGCCCCCCGACUCCCCCCAGUUCUGCACCAUCGCCGACCUCUUCAUCGACAACUACCGCGUGAAGUGCAUCAACGGGAAGAUGUGCUACGUGCAGAGGCAGCCUCCCCCCGUCCCCCACAAGGUCAAGCCCGAGGAAGUCUCCGUCCGCAACGCCUUAAUCACAAAAGAGAGCAAUACACCAAAAACGGAUCACUGCUCCUCCCCUUCCAGCUCCGAGGACUCCGGGAUCAAUGCGGUGGGGGUGCACUACAUCGAGUCGUGUGACGAGGACACGGAGGGGGUGGCUGAGCUGAGCUCAGAAGAAGACUACAGCCCGGACAGCAGCUGGGAACCCGACGAGUGCCCGCUCCUGUCACCCUCCCAGUGCGAAAUGGAAGUCAUCGAGACUAUAGAAACCACUGUGUGAUCCGACAAGUUGGUAUCAGAGCAGUCCAGUUCCCACUCAGUAACGUUGCUUUUUGUAGUAUUUAUAUUUUCUGGUUGGUUUUUUUCUUUUGUUUUUCUGACAAUCCCUUUUUUUCCAGUGCACUUGAUAUUUCGGAUCCCUCACGGGAGCGCGGUGGCGGGACUGGCGCGUUGGUCAACCAGCAGCAGCCUGAGCAAUUUUAACGUGUUCUCAGCCCGAUCAGAUCUCCCACCUCUGCACGGAAGGUAGUGAUAAAAAGACUUUUCUAGCUGAAACAGGCCCUUUUCUUGGUCACAUCAUACACUUCUCACACAGGGAUGUGCCACUCGAGCUGUUUCCAUCUGUGUGGAUGUUUGCAGCGGGCCGUCAAAGCACAGAGGGUGAGCUGGCAGCACACCUGCCAGCAGCAAAACCAAGUUGCCCUUAUUCUUUCCUCAAAACAGCCACACGAGGUGCGGCCACAAGAGGCUCUUUCCCUCUCUGUCUGUCCUCGGGCGUCCGUCCAUCCUUUUCUCUAGUGCUGGUGUGACCCUUCUCGAAGGCUGGUGGCCCCGCUCUCCCGGCGGGGUGGUGCGAGGGGCUAGAGAAUGCACAAAGUGCCUCCCAACUUUCCUCCAGGCUAUGCACCGAGCAGCUGCUGAGUUAGGGCAGGCUCUGAAAUCUCCUGAGAAGGCACAACCUUUGCUCCGGAGGGGGGGAAAUCUGUUGCCUGGAUCCAGCUGGUCCUUUUUUCUCUCUCCGUGGCUGUCGGGACGGGGAUCUGGCUUGGGGAGCGGGCAGAGGUGGAGCGCGGGCGUCUGAGCGAUUCCGGGCUGGACUUGGGGUGCAAGAUGCAGGCGAAGGAAGCCACUACCUCCAAAAACACACGAGAUCCCCCCUGGGCUUUGCCUGCUGCUUCCUCCUGCGCUGUUUGGUGCCAGGCACACGCACUCAGGACGCCUCAGGGCCUGCAUCUGCCUGAAGAAUAACAAAAAUUUAAAAUGUAAAAAAAAAAAAAAAAGUUUUAAUCAGCCACACCACUGUGUUGGCAGAGCUCGGGGACAGCGUGGAGGUGGCCCAUGGGCUGGGUAGCCCGUGGGCUUGUUAAAAUACAGCCUGGGGUCACUCCAGGGGGGAGAGGAAGCCUCGGUGCCCGCUCCUGGUCGAGGAGGGGGUUCUGAGUCUCCUGAGGUGCCUGGAGGGAGCGAGCUGUCCCGCUGCUGGGUUUGCUUUCAGCCCUGCUCCACAAAACCCGUCCUUCUCAGAAGGUUUCAGUGGGCUCGGACCAGCUGGAGUCAGUAAUAACUGCGUUUCCGACAGCAUUCCCAAAUCACUUUGUCUCCUGGGCUGUUCCAAAAGCCCCCGGUGAAUGGCAGGCUGUGUAAAGGUGUACAGUUCAGUGGUUGGUACUAGAUUAUAGUCCGUGUUAUAGGAUGGCUCAUCUCUCUCACCGUAUCCUGACAGUGUAGUACUGGUUUUAUACACUUUGUAAUCGGUAUCUUUAGGAAAAAAAAAAAAAACAACAAAAAACAAAACAAAAACGUUUAGGCAACAGUGUGUGUCUGUGCACCUGCGCGUGUGCUAGGAGUUUACCAUAAACGGUUAUCAAGUAAUACUGUACUUUUUAGACUAACACUUUCAGACAAAAAAAAAAAAAAAAACCAUAGGUUUUAUAGUUUUGAUGCCUUGCAUAAAAAAAAAAAGUGCAAUGCUUGUUAAAUGAGGAACUUGGGCCAUUGCAUGAACAGCUACAUUCUCACAAGGCACCCCAAAAUACUCCGUUUUUUUUCCCUGAGGGCAUUUAAACGAAGGCCGUAGUAAAACUAAGUAGGAUUUACGUAUUUUUUAAGGGCGGGGUCGUCUUUCUUGAUUUACUGAGGUUUCUAACAACGUUUUAGUGUCUUUUAACCAUUCAGACACAUUCCAUAGGUAGAAGGAAGCGUUACGUAUAAACCUACAGCAUUUAUUCAUAUUUAAUCUUUCAAUUGUAAUCUCGAGGGGGGAGCUGGGGCAGCUUGUCCCUGUGCCUGCCCUGCCUGAGCAUCCUGCCCAGGGGUGGCUUCUCCUUCCCGGGAGGCUGGGGUGGCCCUGGCAGAGGGAGGAGUGGCCGUGGGGGGACCUGUCCUGAGGUCAGGGUGGCUUCUGGGGGACACCAAGCACGGGAAGGGGCAUCAGGACCCUCUGACCUGGCAGGAGCUCACCUUGUGUGCGAGCAAGCGGGAGCCGCCUCCAGCUGUGAGCGCAGCAGGGGUCAGUGGGUGUUGGUGGCUGAGAGAUGGCACAAGGUCCCUCUGGUCCGGCAGGUCCAUAUCACUGUCGUCAGGAUACAUUCUCUCUUAAACUGUAAGUAAUUAGCAAUAUUCACAAGCUGUGAGUGUCUCCUACCCAGGAUUUGUUCAAGGUGUCUUAAGCACAAUCAGCUGCCUCUUCCGCCCGCGGUACCUGGGCGAGGGGAGGGGGGAGCAGCCCGGUGGGACGGGGCCGGUCCCGGGGGGCGUUCAGCAGCCAGGGGGGGGCUGUCGCCGUGCUCCCUCCCCCCACCAGCGCAGAAACACGCCCCACACACCAACGGGGGCUCUUCUCUUUGCACAAACACUGGCGUCCACGUGCUGUAAGAGACGUGCCCUGGGCCCGUUGCUCCGCUCUGCCAGGGAGAGGCGUGUAUAUUUCCUCUUUAAUAAAAUACUAAAUAACUCGCUAA